AUGGAGUGUUGGAAGUCUCAGCAUGUCUCCUUCCCCCCUCCACCAGCGGCCCCAGAGAGGACGGAGGAGCGGGCCAUGUGCCAAGAGCACGAGGACGAGCAGAUCAACAUCUACUGUGUGACCCACAGCGUGCCCACCUGCUCCAUGUGCCAGGUGUUUGGAGCCCACAAGGACUGUGAGGUGGCGCCGUUCAAAAGCACCUACCAGACACAGAAGACUGAGUUGACUGACGGGAUAGCGAUGAUGGUGGGGAACAACGACAGGAUCCAGGGCAUCAUCAGUCAGUUAGAGGAGACCUGCAAGACCAUAGAGGAGAAUGUCAGGAGGCAGAAGUCCCAGUUGUGUGAGAAGUUUGACCAUCUGUACUCCAUCUUGGAGGAGAGGAAGAGGGACUUAAGUUCUAAGGUGGCGGCCGAGCAGGAAGAGAAGCUUAACUACAUCCGUGGUUUAACCAUGAAGUAUAAAGAGCACCUGGAGCUGAGCUGUAAGACCGUAGAGACAGGCAUACAGACCAUGGAGGAACCAGAGAUGGCCGUCUUCUUACAGACUGUAAAAUACUUCCUUAAAAGGAUUGGGGAGGCGUCGAGCACCUCCCACCUGGAGAAGGUGGAGCGUGGAUAUGAGGCGAUGGAUCACUACACUGUUAACUUCUGGAGAGAGGGCAGGGCCCUGCAUAGCAUUGACUUCAUCUCAGGUAGGAAGAGGAAGAGUUGGUAGUGAAGCAUCUGAUUGUCUCUUUCUGUCUGCCCCUGCAGGGUGGGGCGCAUCUCAAUUGUCUUGUGUGGUUUCCUUUCCUUGUUUCCGGGCUGUCAUCUUUAUUGAUCUGAAAACAGGCUAGGUGAAAGUUAUAUUAAGCUUUCCAUGGGCAGUGUAUGUAGUUCUUGCUUUGCUGUUUGUCAGACAUUUAUCUCUCACUUCCAUAUCCCUCUGUCUGUAGAUGACGAAGAUGAGUGUGAAGAGGUAGAUGGGGGGGAGGCAGAGGAGGAGCCUCAACAGUCUGAGUUUACAUAUAUACAGUAUCUCAUAAAAGUGAGU